CUAGUGACAGUGAGGACAGUGACAGUUUAAUAAAUAUUUGUGUAUUUUCUAUGUUCACUUUAUUUCGGAAACCAUGGAAGAGUAUGAGAAUAUAUACAAAAACGUAUGUCGUGUGUGUUUAAAACAAAGUAAUGAACAGAACAUGGUUUCCUUAUUAGAUUUUACCAGCGUUGACGGCUUAAGUUGCUUUGGCAAAGCUAUUCUAGCCUUCACAAGUGUUAUCAUCCAAUCGAACAAUGUUUUUCCUACUUUGAUGUGCAAUGACUGUUUAUUUUGCCUAAAAAAAGCUAUUUCUUUUAAACUAAAGUGCGAAACAAGUGAUAAACAGCUUAAAAAGUUGGCAAAUCAGUGUUUUUCUGAGACGGAAAUCAAAACGAAAGUUGUCGAAUAUGUAAUGUUUAAAAGUUAUUUUACUAACGAAGAUCUGCGAGGAUGUUCAAGUUCUAACAUGAAAUGUGAAGUAAAACCCAAGGUAUUCAUGCAAAACAUCGCUGGAAUAGAUAAUUUGGAUGUAGAAAUACCUGUGUCUCGAGAAAGUUUCAGUGAUAAUUUUCCAGAUAAUUCAGAUGAAUAUACUCCUAAUCUAUCUCAUUCCGAUGAAAAACCUACCCAAUCACAAGACGAGGCCGACGUCAUUCUGGAUCGUAUUGAAAAACUAAUAGGCUCAUCUACAGAUAUAUCAUCAAUAGAAUUUAAGAAAUGUUUUAAAAAGCAAACCUUCAAGCGGCAUAAAAAACUCGCUCGAAGACAUCAAAUGCAACUUCAAAGCAUAGACUCAUUUAAUUGUAAUGUUUGCCAUAGAGUCUUGGCUAACAAGCAUUCAUAUGAUAAUCACAUGCAGAGACACAAUGGGUGUAGAUUUGUCUGUGAACAUUGUGGCAAGGGAUUUCCAGUGCUUACUGAGCUACAAGUACAUCAAGUGGCUGUCCAUGGUACUGGACCAUACCUACAGUGUCGGCAGUGCCCAUACAAAGCUCCACGAAAAUUUAGUCUAACUGAGCAUGAAAGGAUACACACUGGUGAGCGUCCAUACACUUGUGAGAAGUGUGGCUUAACAUUCCGAAGAAGAUUUGUAUGGAAGAAGCAUCUCAUCUACCAUAAUGAGAAAACUAUUCAAUGUAGUUUAUGUCCCCGUAAAUUUUAUCUACGGAGUGAAAUGUUAGCACAUUGUAAUAAUGUUCACGAGAGGAUGUAUGUGUACUUGUGUAAUAAAUGUGGAGCAACCUAUGCUAAGGCUGCUACUGUCAGGCGGCAUUUAACAGAAAGACAUGGAGUGCCAAGAGACUUGCAAGGCAAGGUAAUUAGGAUUAAUAAAGGGAAGGGGGACUUCCCAGAAUAAAUUAUGCUGCACUUACCAAAUCAGAUAUGUGCAGGUUUUAAUCAAAUGAUUGAAUACCUUAUGUGUCUUGUUACUAGGUAACUAUUUGUCAAUCAAAAACUUAUUGGAAAGUGCAACAAUGGUAACAAAAUAAUAGUAUUUUAAACAAAA